UUUUGUGGCAGUUGUGGCAACGUGCAAAGUUGGCCAAGAAUUAGUUUUUCGUUUACUUCUUGAAAAACGCGUAAAUGUGAAUUUUAUUUCGGGCAAAACUAGAAAAACUCAUUAAAAAUUAUAUUGUUCUAAUGUGAACUAUGUCGAGUGUUGAGUUUUAGAGCCACAAAAAAGACCACAACACAAGGCAGCAGACGAGAACAGACCAGGACCAGACCAGACCAGACCAGGACCAACCCAGACUCGAGCGAAGCCGAGCAGAGCAACAAAGACAAAUAAAAAAUGACAGAAAUUAAUGCAGGCAAAAUAUCAAGCGGAAGCGGAGGUAAAGGCGAAGGUAGAACUGCAGGAGCAAACGGAGUUGGAGCAGAAACCGGAGCUAGCCAAGCGAAUGUUGCACUAAAAACAUCAACAGGAACAGCAACAACAACAACAACAUCAACAGCAACAGCAACAAGACCAUCCAACAUGACAGCUGAAAUAACUGAAAGGCAAAUGCCGGCAGCUUCAGUGAAACUGGCAGAAACUGGUGGAAUGAUAGCUCCACCUCCAUCACGACAACGUACAUUGACGCGUACACCGGAAAUGGAUGCCGAUUGCGAUGAUGCGGUUGUUAUUGAUGUGAAUUGCGUUGAGAGCGCCGUUGAGACUGAUGUCGAGGCUGAAACAGAGGCUGAAGCCUCGGCGGACGAUGCGGCGGACAGCAUUACCUUGGAAUUGGCAUUAUCCCCACACAGCACAACCCCCUCACCAUCACCCUCGACUCUGAUGAUGAUGCCCGACGAUGAGGUGGUCGAGCACAUGAAUACCAGCAAGCCCUUUAAGGUCAAGGAUAUUACACGUAAUAUACGCAAAGCUGUGGUGGCCACCACAUUGGAGGAACUGCGUCUGAAAGUCUCGGCCAAGUUUCAACGCACUCAACCGGCCAUACAUUUGGAUUGCGAUGGCACCGAAAUCGAUGAUGAGGAAUAUUUCAAUACCUUGGAACCAAAUGCCGAAUUGAUUGCGGUUUUUCCUGGUGAACAAUGGCUAGAUCCCAGCGAUUACAAUGCCAAUUUGAGGCGAACAUCAUUGGAUGCUCAACGCUUGAGGAAAUUGGUUAGCAAAUUGCAACCGAAUUAUAUUAACGAUGAUGAUUUGGAUAAACUAUCGAAUAUGGAUCCAAAUUCAUUGGUCGAUAUCACAGGACGUGAGCCCAAGGAUAAUGAAUAUUAUGCACGUUCUACAGAAUUGUCAUGCUAAACUAAAUACACCUCUCCCCGCCCAAAAAACAAAACCCCCCCUUAGACAAAUGAAACAAAAACCACAAAAAUUUCAUUUCAAAAUCGAAUCGGGCAGUGAAACGUCGCUUAUGAUAGAUAUGUAAGGAAUUUGUAUGAAGUUUUCUAUGGCAAAGAUUAAGAUGAUGAUCAAAAUGAAGAUAAGAUGACAUGGUAAAUGGCGUAUUUUUGUAGAAUGUUUUUUUGCGGCUAAAGCGACGUAAAUAUUUCAGAGUAUUUUACCAGAUUUUAGAGCACCUUAAAUAUUUUUUUAAACCACAUACAUACAUACACUUACAAGAAUGUCGAUUAUCAACUGCUAAUUGUUCCUAGACCAAAAAAAACCAAACGAAUCUAU